AUGGAUACUUCGUUUGAAGCACAUUCACACAACAUCACCACAAAGAUUAGACACACUUACGAGGCCGAUUCCCGACGGAGUAGCCACGCGACGUCAACCGAAACUCCCUUCCUCAGUUUCCGUCCUCCAGUCCCGUCCGUUUCUCCACGGAAAACGGAACUAGGCGAACAGGAAUCAAAGAAGGCAACGAAAAAGGCACGGGCAGCAAAACCACAAGUGCCGGUGACCCUACCCACCCGGCAUGAUGUGGUCAUCGUCUCCGGGACCGAGGCUUUUUUCGCGGGGGGUUGCCGUUUUCGCGGAGCGAGGGGCGUGAGAGUGUGUGAAGAAGAGUAUGAAGAAGAGUAUGAAGAAGAGUGUCGUCGUCAACCUCGUCGUCCGUCGAAUGCUGCUGCUCCUCGUGCUCGUGCUCCUCUUCGUGGUUGUGCUGAUUGCCUGCUGCCCUGGCACUACGGGCGACGGAAGAGUGGUGGAUCUAGUCCACUUGCCGAUCGAAUGUUCGAAAGGAGUUCUGGGUUGCUGGUUCCGUCCAGGAACUCAACCCCGAAUUAUUUAAAACUCUCGACGGAUAUGUGGGCGGGAGAUGUCAUCAAAAUGGUAGAGAUCAAUUGUGGGCCUACAGCGGCAGAUGAUUGCCACGACAAAGUGGCUUCAACGCAUUUGAAAGUUGUAGCGAUUGCAGUUAUCUUAAGCACUAGUGCUUUGGGUGUCUUAAUACCUUUUUUUGGAAGACGCAGUCGAUUGUUCAGAACGGAUGGAAAUCCUUUUAUGGUAGUAAAAGCUUUUGCAGCUGGAGUGAUUCUAGCUACUGCUUUCGUGCACAUGUUACCUGCUGCGCACAGAGUUUUAUCAAAUCCUUGUCUUCCAGAGGAUCCAUGGGGAAAGUUCGCAUGGGCAGGUUUUAUAACUAUGUUAGCUGCACUAGGAACAUUGGUGAUGGAUUCCGCUGCUACAGAAUUUUACAUGAACCGUCCUGAACACCAUCACGGACACCAUCACGAUUCAGCCAAAAUUGAGGAUUCUGAGCACAAGAAUGAUGUAGAGAAACAGCCCUCUUGUGCAGUUAUUACGCACCCCCACACACAUGAGGAUGUCAAUGACGACGGACACUUCACAAACAUCAGACAUGUUGUCGUAGCCCAAGUGUUUGAGUUCGGCAUCGUGGCUCACUCAAUAAUAAUCGGGAUUACAGUAGGUGUAUCGAACAGUCCCUGCACCAUCAAACCGCUCUUUGCCGCCCUUACCUUCCAUCAGUUUUUCGAAGGUUUUGCGUUGGGAGGAUGCGUGGCUCAGGCGGAGUUUAGUAAUCUUUCCACUUUGAUAAUGGGUAUCUUCUUUGCUAUUACAACCCCGUUGGGCAUUGGCACAGGGAUGGGUGCUUUAGCAACCUAUAACCCGAACAGUGCCAAAGCUUUGAUCAUUCAAGGGGUUUUUGAUUCUAUAUCAGGUGGGAUCCUUGUGUACAUGGCCUUGGUGGAUCUCAUUGCGGCCGACUUUCUCAGCAAGCGUAUGCGGAGUAGUAGAAGGCUACAAAUUGCAUCUUUUGUUGCUCUUUUCUGUGGAGCGGGUUGCAUGUCCCUUGUUGGAAUUUGGGCGUGAUGUGCAGCCAGGACUUCCACUCCUUGUUAAAUAAACUCACUUAGGGUUGCAUAGUGUUAUAAUUACCGCGUUACAUACAUUCAUAGAACAGACAAUUUUGAAGAAUUGGUUUACCUCGACUGACACCUUGUCAUAAACCUCCCACUUUUAUGAUUCUUUUUUUGCCAUUCCCAUUUGGUCAUUAUAUUCGUCUAGCCAUUCAUUUGUUUUUUUGUCUUUGGAAUAUAUGGCAAUACACUUAAAUCUUUAUUUCA